AUGCUUCCAUUUUCUCAGGGCCCUCUGGGGGCUAAUACAUCUAGCGAACGCGGAAGGCGCCGCAAUCCUCAUCCUGAACGAUAUGACUCAUCUGUACGGGCACCUGCAUCUACCAUAUUUUUUUCGAAGCCCUCAAAGCAGAAGACAGGUUUUUCGGUUGAUUUCGUUUCUGCACCGAAAGUCGCCAAUCCUGCAGCUGGGGGAAAGCACCAAGCAGCCUGCAGCCCAGGAUUGCAGGAAGAAGCAUUGGAAUGUUUUCGUCUAUAUGACACAGAUGGAGACGGGCUUGUCCCUGUUGCUGAGGUUGCGUCGAUGCUCAGAAGCUUGGGCUUUGUAGUGCGACUUGAGCAAGUCAAAGCUUUUGAGGCGGAUAUGCGUCGUCUAAAGGUCACAUCUGUAAACUUCGAAACAUUUUGCUCAAUCUUCCGUGACGGGCUUCCACGAACAGUAGAUCCCGCAGAUGUCCUGGAUGCAUUCCACUUAUUGGAUCGGGAGAAGAAGGGGAGUGUCAACGUUGAAGAGCUGCACCAUCUAAUGACGACAGUUGGUGAACCGCUGACAGAGGCGGAUUGGCAAACGUUACUCAACAGAACUUUGAUAACGCGCGAAAGCGUACCCUCUUCCUUGAAAAGCGGGACUUUUCUACGUUUGGUCUGCGCACCAGUUGAAGGCGAAACCCAGUGGGCUAACACUGCCGCCUUUGCACCCCAGACUCCGUCCAAAGGACCUUUGCUUUAA